UUGUAAUUUUUACGAAAAAAUUUGUGUUUCAAGUUAAUGUGAGGUUUAAUGUUCAAAGGAUUUACCAAGAUGGCCACCAAUUAAACUAGAGUGACAGUCGCGCUCAAGACUAUUUUGUAACUAAAUUCAGUCUAGUAAUGAUAUUUUCAGUCAUUUUUGUGUGUGGUGAGAAUGAAGCUCUUUAUGCAUUGUUCUGCACUGGCCCCGCCCCCUGCCACACAUUCUCUUCACGGCUUGGCCCCGCCCCCUUCUGAUCAUGCAAGUGCUGCAGAUUGUUAAGGAGCUGGUGUCGCCCUCUCGCCGCCGCGCCAGUAGCCGAUUUGCAGCGUCUGAUUCAGAGCAGGAUGCUGCAGUGAAGUUGGAACAGGAGCGAGCUGAGAUACUUGCCAAAUAUGAAAAGGGUAAAGAAAGUGCGGAGGUGGAGCCGUGGGAGGAGGCCAAUUUUGAUCUGUAUAAAGCGGUGGACCGCUUCGGAUUCCUGCAUGAGGAUGAGCUUCCAGUGUAUGACGUAGUGGAGGAAAAGCAAAAACAUCUGGAAGUGGAGAGAACGACAAAAUGGCUGAAAAUGUUGAAGAGCUGGGAGAAAUACAAGAACAGUGACAAGCUGGUGAGGAGGAUCUAUAAGGGAAUUCCGCUGCAGCUCAGAGGUCAGGUUUGGUGUUUGCUGCUCGACAUCCCCAAAAUCAAGGAGGAGAAAAAGGACUUCUAUGAAAAACUGAAGAUCAGAGCCAGGGGUUUGUCUCCAGAUGUCCGUCAGAUUGAUCUGGAUGUGAAUCGUACAUACAGAGAUCACAUCAUGUUCAUGCACCGCUAUGAUGUCAAAUGCUUCCAUUUCUCAUGUGGGGUUCUGUGUUUCUUUAUACCAGGGUUCCCUAAACUCAUGCGCUUCCAGGAGCAUCAUGACCGGAUCCUGCAGAAGAUGAUGCCUAAGCUCAAACAACAUCUAGAUAAUCAAGAGGUGUACACCAGCCUGUACACUCUGAAAUGGUUUUUUCAGUGUUUCUUGGAUCGGACUCCAUUCACACUUACAUUGAGAAUAUGGGACAUCUAUAUUCUGGAAGGAGAGCGAGUUCUGACUGCAAUGUCCUACACCAUCCUCAAACUCCACAAAAAAACCCUCUUGAAGUUGUCCAUGGAGGAGCUUGUGAAGUUUCUGCAGGUGACUCUGUCAAAGGAUUUCUUUUUUGAGGAUGACUUUGUGAUAGAGCAGCUUCAACACUCCAUGUCUGAACUCAGACGAUCUAAACUGGAUCUGCCACUUCCAGGUAAGGAGGAUGAGUUUCCUAAGAAACCAUUAGGUCAACUUCCUCCUGAGCCUCCAGGAUUUGCGAAUCAUGUGGCUAAUGGGCAGCCGGUCGGGAAGACAGUUGAGGGACUUCCCCCUCGUGAUUCGAGCCCUGCCGCAAGCGUCAGUAAACAAGCAGAGUCUGGUCCCGUCACUGACGGAACACCAGAGAGGUACCAAGAAAGUCGGCCACCCAGCUCCCUGGACAAGGUGCCUCAUCCAGACAAAAGGGAGAGGGAUGGACGAGGUGUGGACACUCAAAAGGAACGGGUCCCAACCCACAGCAGCACAACAGGUGGUGGGAAGGUGCUGACCCAGAACCAGGCGAAUCACAACUCCAAUGCUAGAUCCAGCAUGCGCAGGGACAUUGGACCUCGUUGGGUCAAGCCUUCGGAGGGCAAACUGGAAGCAGUCAAGGCUGCAGCACUUCGGGAAAGCCAGGUUAGUCUAACUAUGGGUGUUCCACCCUCGCCCAGCUCCCCAACUCCAGAGGAGGCCACCGGGGCACAGAGCCAACCCCAUUCACGAGCAUUUGUUCCGGGCUCCAACCGCGCCUCCAACGCCUCGCAAUACGACAAUGUCCCAGGACCAGAUGGAGAGGUUAUGGAGAUUAUAGAGCUUGAGAAACCGCCCUCUCGCCCCCCCUCCCGACCAUACGUUGGACCUUCUUUGAGACAGGACAGUCCCACCCGUCCCCCUAGUGAUGGAACUGACGUCUCUCCCUUUAGAAUGCCUAAACAGAGCAAACCAGAACCCCGUGCACCUUUGCACUACCCACCCGGCAUGACUCCUGUCUACACUACCUACGUUUCAGAUUCUCGGUCCGAGGACAGACUAUACGGCCAGCCGUACAAUGAGCAAAUUUACGCAACUACGGGACGUGGCUCAUCUAACCCUUCGCCAGAGAAAACGCUGAUGAACAACAGCUACUUAACCUACCGACGGCCACCCCCAAACAUGCCCCCUCUCAGGGUUUCUCCUGCCGAGCUUUCGUCCCAGAUAGACAGUGUUGGCGAGGGCGGGUAUUACAUGCGACAACAGACCCGACUGAUGGGCUCUCCUGCUUACCCGUCCACAGAACUGCGUUAUGAGGUGCACAGACGGAGAGAGGGCUGGUAUGGGGACAUGGAGGCGGGGCCUCCGCGAUCUCCUGUGGGCCUACCUCGAUCUCCCAGCUUCCAGAAAGCUCAGCUCUCUCCCAUUCACCCCGUUCAGGAGUUUAACUUUGCUCCUGCAAAUAUCUCGGACGCUGUGCUCCAUUUCAGAGGACCCUACCAAGAGCACUCCGGCAGACAACAGCUCCCCCCGCUGUUCGGAGGAACACACUACAGGCAGACGCAGGAGGCCUUUGCAAUGCAGGAGUCCAUGCUGCUCUAAGAGGGACUGAGAUAGAGGGAUACACUGUAUGAGUGAUGGCUAGCAAGCAGUUUUGUGUUGGUUUAAUGCAGGGCUGUCCAAACUCGGUCCUGGAGGGCCGGUGUCCUGCAGAGUUUAGCUCCAAC